CAUAGCACGUCAACAUAUGUGACCUUGGGGCUACGCAUAGAGCUUAUCUUGACGCUCUGUAGUCCGCACUCGCCGCCCGGCGCUCCACUGGCGACACUCAUUCGACGGCCGCUCGCCGAAGCGACGGUUCACUUCCAAAUGAUUUUAAUCUGCCGCGUAUUUGUUUACUACAUCGGUCGCGAUAACAGACUGUUUUGUGUGUAAAUUUUAAAUUAAAAAGCGUACUAUUCAUGACUUUUUAAAUUAAAAUUUCUUUAUAUAAUCAGUGAGAAUGAGUAUCAGUGUUUUGCUUGUAGUGAUCUUGUUGUUUUUGUUAGUUUUGUUAGCCGUUUUUCACUAUGGAUCUGAGGGCCGUAAAUAUUGGUAUAAUAAAAAAGUUCCGUAUAGGGAGCCGUGUCCUAUAUUCGGGAAUUUCGGAGCUACACUUACAAUGCGCCUCAGUUAUACAAAAAUGCUACAAUUCUUCUACGACAAAUACAGAGAUGAGAGAUAUGUUGGAAUUUUUCAAGCUAGGAGACCGGCUUUGAUGCUGAUAGAUUUAGAAUUGAUAAAAUUUGUAUUGUCCAAAGAUUUCCAACAUUUCACUGAUCGUAUAUCUGUUUCGACGGAUACGCAACGGGAACCGCUUUUGAGGAAUCUAGCAAAUAUGAGCGGCACGGAAUGGCAGAAAAUGAGGCACAUAGUUACACCGACAUUCUCCUCGGCUAAAAUGAAAGCCAUGUUCCCUUUAGUCGUCGAUUGUGCAAGAACAUUACAAACAACUCUAGAAAACGAGUCCAUUGAGGAUAUCGAGGUGCCGAAGUUAAUGUGCCGGUUUACAACUGACGUUUUAGGAAGCUGCGCCUUCGGCGUCGAUCCUGGAUCAUUAAAAGAUAAAAUGUCACCAUUUUUUAUUAUGUCGCAGAAAAUGUUCAAAACGGAUCGCAGCACUAUUUUAAAGAGAUAUUGUCGUUCUUUUUCGCCGCGACUGUUUAAAUUUUUAAACCUAAGAACGUACUCGCUGGACGUGGAAGUAUUUUUUACUAAUAUCAUCAAUCAAGUAUUAAACGAGAGGCGAACGACCGGCAAGCAGCGAAGUGAUUUCCUACAGCUUAUGUUGAAUGUCCAAAAAACUGAGAUCGGUUUUACGAUGACGGAUGAAUUAAUUAUAUCAAAUUCAUUUAUAUUCAUGCUCGCCGGUCUAGAGACAUCAGCUACAACGCUAUCGUUCUGUUUGUAUCAGCUCGCCAAAGAUAUAGAUUUACAGAACAGAUUAAGAGAUGAAGUCAGAGAGUGUAUAGAAAAUCACGGCGGUUUUAAUUACGACGCGAUAGGUGCGAUGCGUUUGGCGACUCAGACGUAUUUAGAGACGCUGAGAUUACAUCCUCCGACGCCUCUCACGACGAGGCUGUGCACAUCACCGUGCACAUUACCUGGUACAGGUCUCAAUAUGAAAGUCAGAGACGCGGUUCUAGUGCCGAUACACCAGAUCCACAAAGAUCCGAGGCAUUUUCCCGAUCCGGAGAAAUUUGAUCCUGAACGUUUCGGUGGUGCCAUGAAUGUUAACGGUUUUAUUGCAUUCGGUGACGGACCCAGGAGUUGUCCAGGAGGUCGUUUCGCUCAGAUGAUGGUGGUAGCUGGUUUGGCUACGAUUCUUCAGAAUUUCUCAGUGGAGCCAUGCUCGAAAACAACACCAACUAUACAAUACGAAACACGAAGCGUCAUGUUAAAAAAUAAAGGGAGCAUUUGGUUAAAAUUUAACAAGAUAUAGAUAUUUCUUAUCAUUUAUUUAUCACAGUACUUUUUAAGAAAUAUUUUUUUUAUGUUUAAUAUAAUGUUUAUAAUAAAAUGCACGAGAAUUUACAUGAUAUAUGAUACCGUAUCAGAAUAACUACAUUUUUGAUAGUACCGACUCUUGUAAGUCGAAACAUAUCGUGGCAGCCAUUCCACGUGUUAUCACAUCGGAACAAGUCAAUAACAGUAUGCUUACCAGAUGUUUGCACAACUAAAUUAAAUACUGACUCUUUCCAGAUUUUCAUUCAUAGAUCUUCGAUAUUGUUGUAUAGUGUAGGCUAUUGAUUGAGAAACGAGAAACGUUACGUAUAUAGUAUAAGAAAGAAACUUUAUGGUAAGCAUACCGAACAUUAGUUUCGUAAAUUUUUUUAGCGAUUCGAUUGAAUUACAAAAGGGUAUUUUUUAACUUAUCCCUACUUAGAUUUCCUGAAUAUACCAAAAAAACUAAACUAGUUCACCGUUAUAUUACAAUAAAAAUAGGAAUAACUUUCUUCGUCUUUUCUUUAACCGCAAAUAAAAUUCUAUACAAAUUCCUUAACUGAUUUAUUAUACGAAAUGAGUUUUUUUAGUAAGCACUUUUAGUUUAUUAGAAUAUAAACACGAUUAUAUUAAAAGUCUAUACUAUAGGUUUUGGGCUGGCGAUAUAAUAUUUUAAUCCAGAAUUUAAUAAUAUGCACUUGAUUUUUUUAUAUUUAAAAUCGCACUGUGUGUUACCACGUGUUCGCGCCGUAACUACAAAUAAAGAGUUUCCGG